CACACGGCUUGCGUAAAGGGAAACGAGUCAGUUAAUCGAUCCAUGCGACGCCAUUGAUGCCAUUUUGCGUUCAGUGUCGUCCCGGACAGUGAGAUACGAGUUUUGUGUGUUUUCUUAAUAAUAAGCGAAUAUCUUGAUUGAUUUUAAGAUAUCGGAGGCUAGGGCCACUCUCCCUGGCCCUUUCAGAUUUAUUGAAAAUGGUGAAAAUGGAGCACGAGGAAAAGAACGAGCCCGAGCACGUGAGGAAAUUGUUCAUCGGUGGGUUGGACUAUAGGACAACGGACGAGUCGUUGAAGAAACACUUCGAGAAAUGGGGGGAGAUCGUAGACGUGGUGGUAAUGAAGGAUCCGAAGACGAAACGAUCCAGGGGAUUUGGAUUCAUAACAUACUCCCGCGCACACAUGGUGGACGAUGCCCAAAAUGCAAGACCUCACAAAGUGGACGGCCGCGUGGUGGAACCCAAGAGAGCUGUACCUCGACAGGAGAUUGGUAGACCCGAGGCCGGGGCCACGGUGAAGAAACUGUUUGUGGGCGGCUUGAAGGACGAUCACGAAGAGGAGGAUCUCAGGCAGUAUUUCCAGAGUUACGGUAGUAUAAAUUCGAUCAGUAUAGUCACCGACAAGGAGACUGGGAAGAAACGUGGCUUCGGUUUUGUCGAGUUUAACGACUAUGACCCAGUGGACAAGAUUUGCUUGCAAAGAAAUCAUCAGAUAGGCGGGAAGCACGUUGAUGUCAAGAAAGCGUUGAGUAAAGCAGAAAUGGCUUCUGCUACUGGCGGCGGCCAGCAGAGUGGAGGAAGCAGAGGUGGCCAGAACGUAGGAGGCCGAGGAGGUCCUAGGGGUGGCAAUCAAGGAGGGGGCAACUGGGGUAAUCGUGGCGGCGGUGGUGGUGGCGGUGGCGGCGGUGGCGGCGGCGGUGACUGGAACAACGGUGGCAACCAGGGCGGUUACGGUGGUGGCAAUCAAGGUGGCUGGGGUGGCAAUGGGCCGUGGGAGAAUCAGAACCAGGGUGGCGGCGGCGGCGGUGGCGGUUGGGGUGGACAAGGUGGUCAGGGCGGAUACAACAGCGGUGGCAACUGGAGUAACGACAACUUCGGAGGCGGUUAUCAACAAGGCUACGGCGGCGGUCCUGUGAGGAACAACUUCAACAGCGGCGGACGAGCGGCGCCCUAUGGUAUUAAUAUGGGUGGUGGCGGCGGUCCUAGUGGCCGCCAGUCCGGGGACUCGAGAUGGCUACCGCCCUUCGGUGGACAAGGACCUAUGGGCGGCGGUAACUCUGGCGGGGGUAACUCUGGAGGUGGAUACGGGAACCAGGGUGGUUACGGGGGGAGUUCGAUCGGCGGUGGAAACAUGGGAGGUGGUGGCGGAGGUGGAAGGAGAUACUAAAAGAACCAAGAGGACACACAUUAAAUUCUCGGCCCUUUCCGCACAUGGUGAACACACACUACUACUUCUACUCUCUACUACUACUACUACUACUACUACUACUACUACUACUACUACUACUUGAAUCCUCAUAGUCGUCCGAGUAGUACUUCUUUCAAGUAGUACUACCGUUUAGAGAGAGAGAGAGAGAGAGAGAGAGAGAGAAAAAGGCAGGCAGAGACAGUCAGGCAGAGUCAGACAAAGAGAAAAAGGCAGUCAGGAAGUAAGGCAGUCAGACAGAGAGAAAGAGAAAAAAAUGAAGGGCAAUCAAAGAAAGACAGGCAGUCAGAGAGAGGGAGAGAGAGAGAAAGGGGCAAAAAGACAGACAGUCAGGGCACUAUAAUGACUACUAUUAGGAGAAAGAACAAGAAAACCAGGCAGGAUUCAGGAUCAAUCGAAUCGUAUCAGGAUAUACAGUGAAAGUGAAAGUGAAGCGUCUCCGCAUCUUUACGUAUG